CCCGCAGAACAUCCUGCAAACACGUCUCAGAACAAAACUCUGUGCAGUUGCCCCUCACUGCGAGCCGUCGCGCGCAUCGCCUACUGCCCCCGCCGGGAUGGCUCGUUGUUUGACCUCCACAGAAGUCCCGACACUUUAGAAAAAGUCUUCCAGUUUAUUGUUGUAUAGCUCACUCUGCAGCUCGCUUCCCCCGCUGGACUUAUGUGUUCAUGUUUGGGCUCGCGGCGGUGGGACAUCCGGAAUGGGGAAUCCGUAGGAGGAGACGACGCUCGCUGGUCUGCUGUUGGUAAAUAGAGCGCGAACGCACCAAAGCGCGCCGCGCGCAACCCCCACACCGAGACUGCGCACGAGAUGGACUUCAAGAAGACAAAAUUUGGAAGGUUCAUGAACUGCAGGGUCCCAGACAGCAAGAGAUACCAGCCCACUGAAUAUGAACAUGCUGCAAACUGUGCGACACACGGGUUGUGGAUCCUCCCAAGUCUGGUGGGCGGGUCUGUGCUGUACUACCUGUCUGUGGACCGAUGGCACUGUGUGGCUGCCUGGCUCUAUGGGAGCGGUCUCACCGGCCUGUUCGUCACCUCGACGCUCUUCCACACAGCUGCCUGGAAAAUCAGCCACCUCCGGAGGGUGGAGCAGCGUUUCCACAUGUGUGACAGGAUGGCAAUCUACUUCUUCAUAGCUGCCUCCUACUCUCCCUGGUUGAUGCUAAGGGAGCUGGGUCCUUGGGCGUGCCACAUGCGCUGGCUCAUCUGGGUUAUGGCUUGUGUAGGAUCCACGUAUGUCUUCUUUUUCCACGAGAGGUACAAGCUGGUAGAGUUGCUGGGCUACGUGGCCAUGGGGGCUGUUCCUGCUUUGGUCAUCCUGUCUAUGGUGGAGCGUGCAGGUGUGUGUGAACUUGCAAUGGGAGGUGUCUUCUAUGCGGUGGGCGUGGUCUUCUUUAAGAGCGAUGGCCUUGUCCCUUUCGCCCACGCCAUCUGGCAUCUUUUCGUUGCGGCAGGAGCAUCCAUUCAUUAUUACGCCAUCUGGAGGUACCUGUACUUACCUGGGCCACUGCUGCAGACGUCGAGGUGACUAGGCGCUCUCACCUCACAUGGACUACGUCACUGACUGAGAAAAGUGUAUUUUAGCCAUAAGACCACUGACUACAACUAACCUAACUCAUGAGGCUACACCUGGAGAGAUGGUGCUGAAAUGAUCUGACUGUGACAGAUCAGAAGAAAUUCUCCACAGCUGGGGGCCAAAACUCUCGGAUCAAUCCAAUUCUUAGCGUUAAACUAAAAAACAUUACAACAUACUACAAGAUUCAUACCCAGAAUAACAGUGUAACUAUUACCUCAUGGGAGAAGUUUGCACAAAAAGGGCAGCAUACAGUAUGAUGCUCCAGGACGUUUAGAUGACCAGUGCUGCAAGUGUAAAAAUGACAAGUUGCACUUAAAUGUGCGGUUCCAUAUACAGGACUAUUUCUUGGCUAUGAGCAGCUUUAUGCUAAGCUAUGCUAAGCAGACAGCAGAGGUCGCUUCAUAUUUAUAGUAUGGAUAGAUGUAACUCUCACAGAAUGUUGAGCUAUUCCUUAAAUCACACAUCUCUGUAACUAAACUGAUGAUAGUCUUUGACUAUCUGAGGCUCGUAAACUCCACCUGUUCCAUAUUCCAACCAUAAAUGUGCCAAAACUUACCACACAGGUAUUACUUCAUAUUGGUGCUAACCCCUACUUUGAAAUGGUGGAACUCAUUUUGGUUUAAUUUUAAUUUUGCCCAAUUUGCACAUAACAAAAUAUAAAAAUUUAGAGUUGGCACUACAACCUGCAAACAUUUCCCUAAAAAGUUUGUGAUGGGAACUAUUCUUUUUAGCUGUUUUAGUUUUAGGCCAACAUAUUGGAUGUUUCUCUGAGAAUACCCGAGUUUUAAAUUCUAAGUGUGCAACAUCUUUGCUUCCUCUGGUUUCAUAAAACGGAUAUCAGCAAGCUGCAGACAGACAUAAGGUCCCAAUAUAAUAACUUGGUGACACACUGAUGCUCAAACUCAAACCGUCAAAUGUUUAAGAUAACGGACCUCAGUUGAACUGGCCUGUUUGUGAUUCUGUUGUGAUUUACUGUUCAUGAAUCAAUCUCAAAAUCAAGUGUCAUGAUUUACUGUAAUUUGAAAGAUGAGAAGUCUAAUCGACAAAUGCUACUGUGACUUCACAAAUAAUGCAAGGCUAUUUUAAUUAGUUAUCUUGUUUAGAGGACAAGGAUUGCCAGUUCUUUUAAAUAAUGCACUGUUAACCUUGAGCACUUUUCUAUCAGCAGCAGUGAUGUAAAGUAGAAUUUCCUAAAAUGCUCCAAUUAUGACAGAAGACCAGGGCAUGUUACACAUGGAGAUAAUCUAUGCAAAUUAGAAUUUUUACUUUUUUAGUUUUAAUUUUUAUACUUCAAGCACUGUAUGUUUUCCCUAAAGUCUAGUAUUUUAACUGUUUCUGUUUUUACUUUUAGAAAACAGAGUACUUACUCAGGAAGAGAGCAUUUCUUUUAUUCCCCAUCUCUUUUUUUCUUAAAUCAGAUGAUCUAUUUUGUAAAUUUUAUUUUCACUGUAUUAAAGAAGACACACUAUA